AUGGUGACCAUCGAGUCACUGACGAAGGAACAGUUGAAGAACUUCUUACAACAGCAAGAGUUAUCAAUUAUAGGCAAUAAGGCGGAAUUAGUUGCACGAUUAACUGAACACGUGAACUCAAGCGGCGUAGUUUUGCAAUUUACAAACGAUAAUGAGGAAUUGCGGGGUGAAAACGAAGAAUUGAGAAAACAAAUUAGCGAACUGCGGCAAAUGGUUCAACAAGUAGCCAUUAACCAGAAUAACGUUAGAAACAAUCAACACAGUACUUCAGAAAUGCCUAGUAGGGACCGUAACGCUAUACGAGAAAUCGCAGAAGUCUUGCCCGAAUUCGACCCAACGAAUGAAGAUUCUAUUACGGCUACGCAAUUUGUCGAACGUGUUGAAGCUGUUAUGUCUGUAUAUGCAUGGCCCGAAAAAAGUGUGCUUCUUACAGUGUAUAGCCGUUUGAAGGGUGUAGCGCGCAUGUGGGUGGACGCAUCACCAAGAAUGCAUGCUACUUGGAAGGAGUUCUCAAAUGAGCUUGUCACCGAGUUCGGUUGCGAAUACGAUGAAGCGGAUAUACAUUACAAUAUGUCGCGCGUUGUUCGAAGGCAAAACGAAACAAUAACUGAGUUCAUUUUUCGUGUCUGUGCGCUAGGACGACGUCAUAAUCUUAGUGAGAUAGCUGUCACGAAAUACGUCCGAGAAGGAUUAAAACAUCGAGAACUACAAAUGGCGAUUGCUCCGCAAAAAUUCGUAUUCGUUAAAGAAAUGCGUGAAGCAUGCGAGCACUUUUUACAAAAUUGCAUUAAGAUAAACGAAAAGCCUUUUCAUAAUGCGGGUGAAAGCGAACAAAGAAUACAAUCGUUCAAUAAGGCAAAGAAUGUUAUGUGUUACAAUUGUGGUAAGUCAGGGCACUUGUCAGUAAAUUAUGCAAGACCCCCAAAACGUCCUCGUUGUAUAGAUUGUAAUAAGGUGCACCUCAAAAAUGAACAGCAAAAUUGCGGAAAACCAUCAGUUUUCGUGCGAAAAACAAAUAUAAUCGACAAUAAAUUUCUUAAGAAAAUAACGAUUGGUAGCAAGCAAGCCAUUGCAUUUAUUGAUACUGGAAGCGAAUGUAAUAUGGUCCGGGAAACAUUUGCCAACGAUAUUGGUGGUACGCGCAGCAAAAACCUAUUUACCAUCGGUGGAUUCGGUGGUGGUAUAGAACGAUCUGAGAUACAAAUCGACACGGAUUUGAAAAUCGAUGAGGUUGAAAAACCCGAAAAUAUACGCGCCGUAUAUGACAACGGACAGUUCAAAUUCGAAGACAAAGUAAAAACGACGUGUAAAAUUAAUAAACUUAGUCCAAUAACGGAAGAUGACGUGUGUACGGACACUGUAAAUUCAGAUUCUAAGGGAAAGCUGUUAGAGGUGAUUAAUGAAUUCCGAGAAUGUUUCGCUACAGGUAUGGAUGGAAUCGGCAAAACUAAUGUAGUCGAAAUGAAAAUUGAGUUAACGACCAACGAGGUGAUCGCACAAGUCCCGUAUAGAGUUCCGGAACCGAAAAAAGAAAUCGUUGCGAAGAAAAUUCAAGAGUUGCUCGACAAUGAUAUUAUAGCUCCGUCUGAAUCAAGUUAUGCGAGUCCAAUGUUGCUUGUGAAGAAAAAGAAUGGCGAACAUCGACUUUGCGUGGACUACCGUCGGAUUAAUCAAUUCACUCGAAAAGAAUGCUACCCAAUGCCCAAUAUCGAAGAAAGUUUACAAGAAGCAACGAAGUAUCGAAUCUACAUAUCGUUAGAUCUUAACUGUGGUUAUUAUCAAAUUCCUAUAGAACGUAACAGUCGUAAAUAUACUGCAGUUGUGGUUCCUGAUGGUAUGUAUGAGUUUAAACGGAUGCCGUUCGGGCUGAAGAACGCACCAGUCCUGUUUCAACAAUUGAUGGCAAAAAUUAAAACGCGCUUGGAACCCAGCGAUAUGAUUCACUACAUGGACGAUAUGCUUGUCGGCGGCAAUGAUGAAGAAGAACUUCUCGGAAAGUUUCAACGAAUUUUAGGUGUAAUAAAAGAAUUUAAUUUAACAUUGAAUUUAAAAAAAUGCGAAUUUCUGAAAGAUACUAUCCAAUUCUUGGGACAUUAG